AUGGGCUGGGUGACAAGCCAGUCGCAGGGCAUCCAGCAGCUGCUGCAGGCCGAGAAACGCGCCGCGGAGAAGGUGGCCGAGGCCCGCAAGCGGAAGAACCGGAGGCUGAAGCAGGCCAAGGAGGAAGCCCAGGCAGAGAUCGAGCAGUACCGCCUGCAGCGGGAGAAGGAGUUCAAGGCCAAGGAGGCAGCGGCGCUUGGAUCCCAUGGCAGCUGCACCACUGAAGUUGAGAAGGAGACGCAGGAGAAGAUGAGUGUGAUCCAACAGAACUUCCAGAAGAACCGGGAGGUGGUUCUGUCCCAGCUGCUGUCCCUGGUGUGUGACAUCAAACCCGAGAUCCACGUGAAUUAUCGCAUCAAUGGGUAGUGGGGGAAGAAGGAAAACUGUGCUGGGAGUCGUGUCUGAGCUUCAGGUGGAAUGUACAGCCCUUCACCAUCCCUCCCCUGUGCCCCUUGUCCAUGUGUUAAAUUAUUGCAGUGAGCUGUUGGAGUUCUCUUUUUAGUUUCUUUUUUGACAUGGGUUCAGAGCUUAAUCAAACAUGAAAUGGCCAUGUCUGGGCUAAGUUAUUAAACAAAUAUAAUCCAGUUGGCACAUCAGUGCUGCCUGAAGGGGAAAGGAGAGGGAGAUUCUGGCCAGAUUGAAACGGAGAGCCUGUGUCAGUAACUGUUCAACCUGUGUAAGUGUAUUCUCAUUGACCAAACUGCAUUUUUCAGUGUGUUGCUAAACCUUUGCACAGGGUUUAAAGCCUGGGGGAAGAGCUCUCUGGCUGAUCAUUUUGAGGUGCUUGUGUUGAAUAUCCUCUGUGUAUUCUGCUGUUGCUUGAGGUACAAGUGUGGCACUGUUGACACCUGCAAGUAAAAACACUUCACUCCA